AUGACGUUGGUUGGAGUAAACUUGUGGCUCCUGCUUCUGUCGAUUUCCAUGGUACAGGGCCAGGACCAGAACCAGAACCCGAACCAGAAGCAGGAGUAUUCUUCCUGCAAUUCGGAUUCGUUUUGCAUUUGCAAGAAUCAUCAGGUGGGCGAUCUGUUGCCCAACUGCGAUGACUGUUCAGGGUACUUCCAAUGCGGCCUGGACGUCAUACAGAAACUGAAAUGCCAACAAGGCGAGAUCUUCGACAACAGGCUCAAGGCUUGUGUGCCUGGACAGUGUCCUCGCAGCGAUUGCAACAAAUCAGAAGCACACUCAAAGUGUCCCAACAAGGACGGCGUCAAUUUGGAUACUUUUUGUAUUUGCAAGAACCAUCAAGUCGGCGAUCUGCUGCCCGACUGCGAUGACUGCUCGGGCUACUUCCAAUGCGGCCAGGAUGUCAUACAGCGGGUGAAAUGCAGCCAGGGGGAGAUCUUCGACAGCAGUCUCAAUGCCUGUGUGCCUGGACAGUGUCCGCGCAGCGAUUGUAAAAACACACCGAGUCCAGGAGACCCAGGGGACCCAGUGGACCCAGGGGACCCAGUGGACCCAGGGGACCCAGGGGACCCAGUGGACCCAGGGACACCCUCCCACUGUACCAAUAAUGAGGUGCAGUGCAGCUUCCAUGGUCAGAUCAUUCCACAUGCCCAGCACUGUCGCUUCUUCUGGACCUGCGUGCAGAACUGUCCCAUGCUGGGAUUCUGCGAGCUGGGAAUGUGGUUCAACCGCGAAAAAUUCGUUUGCGAUUACCCGGUUAAUGUCAGGAACUGUCCGGCCAAUCAGGAUUAG